AUGAGGUUACUUUAUGUCCUAAGACAUGCAAGACAUCUUUCUACGAUUGGUCUGAGGGCUCUUUCAACUUUUCGGAGUGAUUUCGCGCCAGGAACCGAGUUUUACGGUCCAGAAAGUGCCAAGAAACAUGAAGACCUGGUUGAUCUCUUGAGGAAAGAGUAUCGUCGGCAUGGCUAUCGUGAGAUUAUGACUCCAACCUUGUUACGCACUAGUUUUUUGAAGAAAUUUGGUAUAGAAGGGCUUGAAGAAAAUGUUAUGUAAGUUUGUGUAUUAUCUAUGAUGUAACAAUUAUAGAAUUGGGUCAGAAAAUGAUGAAUUUGUAUUAAAAUCAAGUGGAAGGAUACCCGCAUGCAUAGUGUUUGACUCUCAUCCUAUUUCACAUCGAUUCCUGCCCGUUAGAUACGUUGAUUUUGGAGUUUUGCACAAGCAAGUGAAGAUACUAUAAUUUUGUUGUUAUUGUUGAGUUUAGGUAUCCAAAAUUAACAUGUCUUUUUUAGACAGGGCUCCAGCAAAAGUUUUGUUCGAUGGAACCAAGAUGAAGCUUCUGUUUUUUGCAAGCCAAUUCAGAUCGAAGAUGAGCUGAGAAGGAUUUUAAACACGACCAUUCAAAUUCUAAGAUUCUUGCGCUUGGAAAUCGUGUUUCAACUUUCAAAAGGUCACUUUCAACCGCACUUGCAACGGGUUUUGAAGGACGGUGGUCUAAAAUACGAAACCAUUGAUGCUGCUGAUACGAUUCUAAAAGGUGUUGUUCAAGCUGAGAACGGCGAUUAUUGGAGCGGAACGUCAGUGCAGAUAGACGAGGAGACUCCCAGAGUUAUGGAUUUGCAUUAUUACGAGUAAGCAGUCUCUGAGGUCUUAAGAAAAUGUAAUAGAGUCCGACAUAUCGAAAUCAGAUGUUUUGGUAGAAUAAGCGGUUUAAAAACGGGUGGUAUCCACGUAAUAUCAGAUUAGGAUGUCACAAUGGGGAUUUCGUAUGAUAAUUCGCCUAAUCUUUUGUGCAUUUGACUUCCGAGGAAGGGGGUUUGAGCGGAGAUCUCCUUGUUUUCGCCAAUUCUCGUGAUUUACUUCCCAAAAUUGUAUUACAAAAGACGAUUACACUGUGGUAAAAUUGCGUAUAACAUCUAAAUGUGACUAGUCCUCGGUCUAGAUUUUCUGGGAAGAAAUUAGCUAAUUUAUCUUACGGUAUUGAUGACAUUUUUUACAGUAUGUCAAGUAUAAGAAAAUUAAUAUAAAAUAUAUCGAUUUUUAGUGAAGACUGUGUCAAGACUGCUCCAAUCCUCGUCUCUCACACUGUAGUUGGCCCAUUUCACGAAUUUCUUCGGUUUCAAGAGCAGAAUCAACGUCUCAAACACCAAGGGUAG